AAUGAUCAUCAAAUUAGCAAUACAAGUGUUGAUUCUACUGACCAUUCUGUUGGUGAACUUACCAACUUCAAGCUCCACAGUUGGCGAGUUCAAUCAUAAGUGUCCAGUUUGUUCUACUGAGGAGUUUACUUCAAAACGUUGGCUGAUGCAAGAUUCGGAUGCUGGACAAGCAAUGAGUUGGGUCACUUGGCCUGGAACGGAUUGCAAAAAAUACAUGUUUUUGAUGAUGCCUUGUAAUGGUUCCUGUGUUACAAUAACCGUGGAAAAACAAAAAGGGUUGGAUGAAUACACGUAUGCAGGAUCACUGCAAGAGUGUUCUGAUCAACUGAUCUACGAGAGUCCAGAUUUGCCGGAGUAUAUAGACUUUAAAUCAUUCUCUAAAAACGCAGUCUAUGUAGCCAAACGAAGUGGUCACCGAAUAACUUACAAUUUUACACGCCAUAGCCUGAUUGAUCAUGACGUGUACUAUUCUGCUCGCGAGAUCUCAGAUGCAAUCAAUACUUUGAAGAAAAUGAAAAAUUGCAAUGAGUCAUAUUUUCUGAAAACAAAAGUUUUGCUCCUGAUUGGAGCUACAAUUGCAUGCAGUGUUCUGCUUCUGGCUGUAAUGAAAAUGCUUCACAGAAGAAGAGUGUCUAAAAGGAUCAGCAUUGCCAACAGAGAUGCGAGAACAAGGAAUAUUGUAAUUGCAAUGAAUGAAAUUGACCAGGAAAAUAACAUUGUAGCACAGGAACCCGGAGUAUCUGAGAAUCAAAAUCAAGACCCCGAAACAGAGCUCCAAGAGGACAUGUGCACUUUUGAAAGACAAAAUAAUGCAUAUCAAAAAAUAGAAAACGAUCAUCUUUAAAAUUUAAUUUGCAGCCAAAAUGCGUAAUGUGAAUUUUUAUCAAAUAUAAAAAUGUUGAAAAUAAACAUUUUUCUAAC